UUUUUUUUAUUUAUUUCAUCACCACACCACCUUUCCUUCCUUUUUGCUUGUUUUCCCCCUUUCCGGCAUCUGUUGUUUCUUUCUUUUGCUUUUUAGUUAUCUUUCAAUUCUAUCUUUAUAGAUUUUUUUUUUCUUUCCUUCUUUUUUAAGGCCAAGCCGCUGCCAUUCAUUAGGGGAACCCAAGCUUAUAUUCAUUCUUUCAAUUCGCAAGACCACACAUACCAACACACUUCUAUCAUUUCUCAACCAGCAGCCGUCACUCUUUGAUUGAAUCGAUCAAGUCAUAAGAUAUUCAGCUAAUAAUCUCCCGAAAUAACUUGAUAGCAUCCUGUUCUCAUUUUAAAUGAUCCUCAGGUAGCAAGAUUCAGGGGUUCUGGUUUUCCUUCCUAUCCGAUUUCCCUAGCAAAUUCCGUGUCCAUCAUAGACAAGCUGCUUGGUUAUCCUUGGUGUCUCCGACUCGCGAUUCAUUCGUAAUCACAAGUCAGGAUGACCAUGCACCACCAUCACCAUCAGCAACUGCCACGCCAUGGCAUGCAUAUGGUCCGCCGCCCGGGCGCGAUCCCUCACCACCGACAACCGCAUUUCCUGAACUCCGAGCUCCCAACCCUGGUAAAAAGGGAACCAUUGCCUUCCACAGAAACCGAGAGUUCGAGUACACAGACCUGUGGAUCGGGUGACAAAUGCGAAAAGCCCACGAGCACGACUACAACCACUACGUUACCCGUGGUCCUGGGAGCAGUAGUUCCCAUUGUGUGUGCCAUACUGGUUCUUAUCUAUCUCCACCGCCGCAACGUGAAGAAGCUCAGGAGUGAAGAUGCCAACGACAAGCAUAAAUCCCUCGACUUUGGAUUGGAUCUAGAGCCUACCGCGGGCGGAAAGCCCAUGCGGCAGACAGAGAAACUCGAUGGAAAUUAUAACCAUGCGAAAGGAGUGUCUAUGGAUAUUGGGCCCAGUCCAUAUCUGCUUCCCCCGGGUCUCCAAGGCUCCAGAGAGUCUCUCCACUCUAUAUCAAGAACAAUUGGUGGGGCCGACGACAAGUACCGCUCUGCCACCUCGUAUGCACCAGGUGACAGUGUCUGUGUCCGAUCGCACCAAAGGGCCUUGCAAGACGAUGCAUCAAGCUUCGCAGGCUCGACCAACAAAGCUGUCCUGGGUGAGGACAUGAACCAAGGGUUGCUCCGAAACGCCCAGCGAAUGUCCCGUUCUUCUCCACCACUAUACAAUUCCCCCCCUGCCGACCACGGCCCAAUUGGUAGUGAUCACCCCGAACACGAGCUUGGCUUCCAGUUGAACCUGCCGAGGAGCCCGAGUCCCGUCCUGAUACCCGGUGCCCCUACAAUCAAUGAGCCGACUGCCAUUGGCUCGCAUCCAGACCGGACUGAGGAUACCAGCGCAAUGAAGCCUUCUGUCCCGGCCGUCAAUAUCCACGGAGUAGCGGACACUCCGGAGCAUGACGGUGGAUCCGACCCCUCGGCUUCGAAUGUGCUCUCUGAGGACGUGGCCCGCUCUCAGCGACUCAGCGUGGACCCUCGUCGGGAUACUCGCCGGAUGACCCUCGGCCUUCGUCCUUUGCCGCCUGAGGAUCCGUCGGACAAUCCCGAACAGCGUGCCAACCGGAUCCGGUCUUUCUACAAGGAAUACUUCGACGAGAGCAAAACGGGCAGGGAGACGUACUAUGAAGGCUACGGCCCGGAAAUGUACCACGACGACAGCUACAUGUAUGAUCCCGCAUAUGGAGGUUACGAUGCGGUUCCUGCGCCGUUUGCGGAGCCGGUGACUCGUCGUGCUAUGACCCCACCGCCACGCGCACCUCCAAGGUUCCAAGGAGCAAGCAGACAUAUGGCAUCGGGCUCGGUCAGCGGUUUCAGUGAACGUUUUCAAUCCCCGGGCCCUCGGGCCUUUUCUUCUGCGUCUGGCCGGAUGCCCGGUCCUCGAGCACCACGCAAGCCCGCUCCCCCCCCGUCACCGCUUCAGAUUUUGCCUACCCCUCACAUGUUAAACGACGAUUCCAUUAUGGGAGCCAUCGAAUGGGCACCGGGCAAGAACUUCAGGGAUCAGAGGGAUGGUCGAUCGGAGACUCCCCUAGGUGGAUUGCGGCCUUUUAGCCCCGGUGCACGCGCUCACACCCCGCUGGUUUCAGCUUUCAACGAGCUCUCAGCAAUGCCAAGCCCGCACGCGUUGCGUAAAUCGGGAGCAUAUGACAAUUUGGACUUUGCUCCCCCGCCUCGCUUUAAGAAUACCGAGACUGCAAGCGACGCUGGCAGCAUCCGUAGCAACGGGACCGGAAUUUCUGGCGCUCAUUUGCAUAACAUUCGCACUGGUGCGUACCGCAUCAGCCGUCUACCCGCGGAUACUGUAGGUACGAAGGAUGACUUGAGGUCGAACCUUCGUCCGACCUGGGAUAUGCGGCAGUAAAUAUAAGUGUAUCCAUUUGCAUUCCAC